AUGCACAUCGAUUCCAGCUUCAACUACGGGAUUGGUGUUUUUUUCUCUCUAGCAUCACUUCUUGGAAAAUGUUAUCCAGAUGGAGAUGAAUCAAUGACAAAACCUUUCGAUCCUCCCGCUUCCCCUGCGACGACUCCUCCUUCCUCCGCACAACAACUCCGUUCCCGCCGGGAGAAAGACCACCACCGGCGCGCGCGCGGGCGGGUACCGAUGCACCCGAAGCUCUCGCGGGUCGCCAACAGGCUCCUCUGCUGCGGCGGCCGCUCCGGGGACGAUCUGAACGACGACCGGAGCGGAUCGAUCAGGUGGGUGUUCUCGCUGAGGGAGCUCCGGUCCGCAACAAAUAGCUUCAAUUACGAUAACAAGAUCGGAGAAGGCUCGCUUGGAAGUGUCUACUGGGGACAAGUUUGGGAUGGCUCUCAGAUUGCUGUUAAGAAGUUAAAGAAUGCGAGAAAUGGGACAGAAACGGAAUUUGCUUCGGAAGUCGAGACUUUGGGAAGAGUAAGGCACAAAAACCUCCUCAGUAUACGUGGAUACUGUGCUGAUGGGCCUGAACGCAUUCUGGUGUAUGACUAUAUGACGAACGCAAGUCUUCAUGCACAUCUCCAUGGAACACAUUCUUCGGAGUGCCUUCUUGACUGGCGGCGAAGAACAUUUAUUGCCAUCGGUGCUGCCCGGGCUCUCUCGUAUCUUCACCACCACGAGACACCUGCGAUAAUCCAUGGAAGCAUCAAGUCGACCAAUGUGCUACUUGAUUCAGAUUUCCAGGCACACGUUGGUGACUUUGGUCUUACGAGACUCAUUUCAGAUGAGAUGGAUCAUGACAAGAUAACCAGUGAAAACCAACGAGGCUAUCAUGCUCCCGAGUUCGUAAUGUUUGGCAAACCUACAACAGGUUGUGAUAUCUACAGCUUUGGCAUAAUACUUUUGGAGCUGGCUAGUGGGAGAAAGCCAGUCUCUCAAAAAAUGUAUGGGAUCCGAAACUGGAUACUCCCGUUGGCGAAAGAUGGUAGAUACGAUGAAAUUGCGGACUCAAAACUCAACGACAAGUACUCCGAAUCUGAAUUAAAAAGAGCGGUGCUGAUUGGACUAGCGUGCACGCACAGAGAACCCGAGAAGAGACCGACGAUGCUUCAAGUCGUGUCCUUGCUGAAAGGUGAAUCAAAAGAGAUGCUUUCAAGGCUUGAGAACGAAGACUUAUUUAGGCCAGACUCGACGGCUAGUUCUGUUGGAAUGUCGACUCCAGAAGGGAGCACAGACCGUAUUCUGAAGAGUGAUCAAGGGCUGGCUGAGGCAUGAUGAAUUCUUGCCCUAGCCCCUAGGUAUUGGUAGAGUGCAUAUUCUGAUGGAAUUGGAGCUUGGUCUGCAUGGUUUGGCUUGAAUGAAAUGUACAUGAUUUGUUUGUUACUUAUAAUGUUCUCCCCCCUUUUUUUGAGAGAGGGGGAGAUGUAGAGAAGUGAGAUGGCUUUAUAGAAAAUGGUUUUUGUGUGCA